CUGAAAACUGAGUCAAUAUUUAAUCCUUAUUUUUCAUAUCUAUGGAGAUGCCAAAGGAGCUCCCAAAAGGCCACCAAAAUACAAAACAAUGAAAACAAAAAAAGUGCUUUCAUGGAAACAAUCCGGUUGAUCAGAAAUCAACUUCUGAGCCUCUCUUCAGUAUGUUCAUCGAUAAAUUCCAAGUAACUUGCCGAUCCAACCUCAAAUUCUGACAAGAUCACAGCCUUGUUUUCACCAAAAUUCAAACAAGAUAACACAACUAAGUUUUAUGCCAUGAUUCUUCAUUCUUUCAUAUUUUCUCUUCCUUUUCUCUCAGAAUUUCUAGGACUCCUCCAGAAAAAUCAUGGGUGAGAUUGAUACCAAAUCAAUUGAACCAGUUCAAGUUGCGCUGUCGUUCUUUGGCGAAUCUGGUGAUCAGGGAAAACAAAAGCCUGCCAUGAGUGAUCCGGAGAUCGAGAAGGAAAAGAAUGUUGAAGGGCUAAUGAAGGAUUUAGCAAAUUGCAAGCUUCAAUUGGAAGCAAAGGACUUUGCAUACAAGCAAGUCCUUCUGAAAUUAGAACACAACCAGAAAAUAUCUGAGGAACUUUCUACCCUGCUGAAGCAAUCUGAGGAUGAGAGGGAGAAGUACAUAGAACAAUUUACGGAAGCGAAGUAUUACAUCGAUGAACUUGAAUUGAAGGUGAAGGCGAUGGCGGAUCAGCUUUCAGAAACUGCAAAGCUUCGCGAGCAAAUUUUACAUGUCUUGAAUGAGUUAAAGGCAGCACAGGAAGAGCUGCUUAGAAUGGAAACAGAACUUGCUUCUGCUAGAGACUUGCAGUUCAAGGCAAUGACACAAGCUGAACUGAUGGAAAGUGCUGCAAGUAUGGAAAAGGAGAAGGCAGAAGAGCUUUUGAGGUGUGUCGCGGAGCUCAACGAAGCUCUUCUUAUGUCACAGUUAGCCGAUGAAGAGAAAUGUAAAAUUUUAUCUGAAAAGGAGGAUGAGAUAGAAUUAGCUAACGUAAAUGCAGCUCAAGCACAAUUAAAGCUAGAAGAGUUGAGAAAACAAAUGGAGGUUACUCAAGAAAUGGAGAGAGAGCUAUUGGCCAAGUCCAUAUACGUUGAUGUGCUACAAUUGGAGCUACAGCAAUCAGCUGAUCUUCUUAGUUCAUCAGAUCAAGCAACUUCUGAUGCCACCGAAGUUUUGAAGCAAUUAAAAGCAGAUAUGGAAGUAAAGGAAAGGGAGAACUAUGAUCAAGCACUUCACAUUGAAGCAUUGGAAAUGGAACUGAGGCUGUUGAAAUUGGAACUAAAGAAUUCAAAUGAAGAAAUAGGUUGCUACAAAUCUACUGUUGAAACGCUUACCGAUGAGUUGCAGAGGGCGAAAACCGAUUUGAAUGAGGUUAAGGAAAGAGAGAAUGAUGCACAAGUGGAAAUAGCAUUGCUCAAGUCUGAGCUUCAUAAAGGGAGGUCAAAAAUUGCAGCAGCAGAGGCUGCUGAAGCAAGAGCUGAAAGCAUUAAAUCAGGACUAUAUCUUGCAGUGCAAGAACUGGCAGUCGAAGCCGAAAAGGCGAAAAAGCAGAAUCAGAAGCUAAAAGGGGCAGAAAAUUCUUUCCAGGAUGUUCAAAUCCCACAAGCUGAAGAGUCAAAAACAGAAUCUGGAGAGAGUAUAAAUGAGAAAGAUGCCACAGUGACAAUUUCAUAUGAAGAAUAUGAGUUGCUGAUCAAAAACUCAAAGAUGGCAGAUCAAAUUCCCAUGUCAGAAAUGGACAACUCUAAUGAUUCUGAAAGCAAGGAUGAACUGGAUAUGGUGAAGGAAGAGCUGGAAGAGGCAACAAUGAAAAUCGGGGAGCUCAGAAAUAGACUGUCACAGGCUACAACAAGGGCUGAGGCAGCUGAAAAAGCUAAAAUGGCAGUUGAGGAUCAGCUGAGGAAGUGGAGAGAGCAAAGGCAAAAGAGAAAAGCUGCACUGAAAGAGGACUCCACACCUCAAGCACAAAAGUUUCCAACAUAUGAGAAGUUACCAGAAAUAUAUGAGCCCCUAGGCAAAGUUCUCAACAUGAAGUACUAGCUUCAUAAAUUCUGUUUCAUUGUUUGAGUUGAAAGAUUUACUAGGAAUGUGUUGAGUAUUGACUAAUAACUCAUGAGCCCAAUGACAAUUCUAAUACAUUCCACUCUGAAUUUUGCUUCUGACUCAAGCCUCUCUUGUAUAUCUAUGCAGUUUUUGAAAUCAAUAAAAUUAUAUACACCCACUUUUGUA